AUGCAUUCGCGUGAACGUGUCGCUGUCUUUUUACUUCUGUUGUUUUUUCUUCUGUGGUUGCUUGCAUCCUGGACAGGACCAUUGCCUGGGCUGUGGCGGGGUGGGGUGGCGGUCGCGAGUGUGGGGGGAGCAGCCGGGUGCAGGGCAGAGGAAUUAGUUAUGGAGGCGGCGUUACGCACGAUUUGCAUCAUUCCUCACGAGGCUCGUGGCGAUGAAUUUUUUGACGCCGUCUUUGAGGAUGGGGUGCGCGCAUUGUCUCAGGGUCGCCUGCACUCCCUCUUCUUUUCUCACGUCUUGAGUCCGGCACAUGACAUUGCCGGUCACGUCGUGGGCCCGCUGCUCAAUAAAGUGCGUCAAGGCGGCAACGCCGCUCUCAUUGUGGCUCUACCGGAGGAUGAAACGGACGAUAUGAGUGUGGACGAUGCUGGCGCCACCUCCGGAGAAAAGCUAGAAGUUUCUCUCGAGCUUUACGGACAUUUGUUACCACUGCUUUUCCGUAGCGCCGAGCGGUGCUGCUUUGCACGGGUGUCGGCAGUCACCUUCAGCAUCGGGGACAAAAAAGUACACGACCUACUGCAACGCUGUGACGUGCGUGGUGAGAAGGAUGUGCAGUAUCAAUUAAUAGAGCGUGAGGGAUCAUCCUCACGAUGGGGCAAUAUUAUGAAUCUGUUGCAUGAGCGGCAUGCACACUUGGAGCGGGGUGGCAUACUGCCACUUGAGUCUCUGUUGGUUGUACGGGUGGAGCUUGAAGGGUACGGCACUGUUGUGCUUGCGGAGGUGGGCUGCGGGCGAAAAACUUUGGAUCAACUGACGUUGUUUCUUCGCAGCGGUGGGGCGUGUGGUGCCAAGACGUAUCCACCAAGGGGUUUGCUCUCUAGCAUUCUACGAGACAUGACACCGCCAGCAGCGUUGGUGCAUCUUGUAGGAAUUCCGGAUCCUUCACAGGCGCCUCGCAGCACGAUGCGUCUUCUUCGAUUUAUGUCCGCGAUGUUUCGUGCGUCUUCAGAAAAACCGGCGGAAGCCCCUCUGCUGACACGCGACGCGCCACAGCAGCGAAAACCGCAACGGGGUGAUACCACCAGCAUUUCAAUGUUGUGCCGCUCUGAUCUUCGGGAAUCGGAGGCGACGCCCGAGGCUGCAGGCCCUGCUUCUCCCCGGAAACCGCAUCGUGCCUACCCUUGGGCGGGGGAGUUGUUUGUGGACCCCUCACAGUGUGCGCACUUGCUGCCGACUCGAGAAUCCACCACCAACAUGCCCACAUGGGACUGGGGCACCGCUCGUCCGGAGCAGCCGUUUCGGGAUACUGUCAGGUCAAACUUGCCGCGCGCCCCAACAACCCCUCUGGAUGGUGUUCUCAGCGAGGGUUCAGGGCCGCGGGCGUCACGAGAACAGGCGCUUGUGAAUAGGACGACAACCCUGGACCGCACAAAUCGUGAACUCUCAGAGGCGUUAUCGGCAGCCAAGGCAGAAAUUAAACAUUUGCAAGGGUUGCAACAGUCCUUUCAAGAGGUUUUACGAAAGAAACAGGACGCAAUCCUUUCUUUGACAGCAUCUAGCGAAAAGACGAUGAAAGAGAACGCAGAUUACGCGAAAUUAGUUCCAAGGCUUCUCCGCAAGGUAAAAGGACUCGAGCAGGAGCGGGACAAGUUGCAGCAAACUUCAAAGGAGUGGGAGAACCAGACCAGCGAAAUGCAUGGAAUUAACCGGCGGUUGCGGGCUGAGCUGCAAAAGUUACAAAAAGAAAUGAAAUGCAUGGCCAAGAAGGAAACGCAGCGGCUUAGAGAACACGCCCUGAUUCGUAUUGGGACGGGUAAAGGGGCGAAAAGGAUUGCCCGAAGGGUCGGCGGGCUCAAUUCCCCGAAGCGUGUUCACAGUGUGCCGGCAUCGCCGGUUUCAGACGCAAGCAGGCAAUCCAGAAGCAGUGAGGUGGCAAAAAAAGGAGAAAGUGGCUCAACAGUUCUUGGUGCGAUUGAGGAGUUGCGACAGCGUAAUACAGCGCUGGAGGCCGAGAUAGAAAAGUUUCGAAGGAGACAACCCGUCGCGGAUAAUCAUGUAGAGGACGAUGCAAAAGAAGUAACGGUUGCGCGUGGCGAGCAGGGGGCGUUGUGUAGCAACUGCGAGACGAUGCGGAGACAUAUUCUUCGACUCACCGAAGAACUCGAUCGCAGCUACAAGGAGAACAAGAAGUUACGUUCUCUAGUAGCGGUUCCACCCGUUGUAUCGUCGCACACGCCAGCAACAGUGCGGGAUGACUUCGUGUCAGUGGUUGCUGCCUCCCUGAUGACCGGUUGCGAGUCGAUGUGUGCGCAGUUGAAGCACACUGAGGCGGAGUUUCGCCGCAAAGAAGAACAAGGCGUAAAAACUCUUUUUUCUGGCAGCGUUUUCCGCGAGCACAUGGAGGCCGUGGCGGCGCUGGAGACAGCAGUGCGGGACAUUAGUAGUCGCCGAUAUCGUGGGGCAGAGUGUUACGAAUCCAUUGUGCCGGCGAGCGCCACUGCCGCAGAUGCAGAGCACCUCUCAAGUCUGUUGUCAUUUGAGUUGGAGCGUGGGACCCAUUUGCGUGCGUUUGUACCAACCUUUGCUCAACUUUCUGUGGCGACGGAACACCUUAAAAUGCGUGUGUUUCCUUCCGAAAGUUGA